CUGGACCACUGGGGGCACUUUGUGUCCAUACCGUUCCGUUCACAGAGGGAAGAGGAUAUCCAUGCUGCCUGACUGGGACAUUCUAGAGGUUCAGCAGAAAGAUGAACUGGCCCCAUUCCUGCAUCACCUUUUUCUGGAUUUAUUUUGCUGCUUCCAGACUGAGAGUUGUAGAAACAGCAGAUGGAAAAUAUGCUCAUAAGUUGUUUAAUGACCUUUUUGAAGAUUAUUCCAAUGCUCUUCGACCAGUAGAAGAUACAGAUAAAGUCCUAAAUGUCACACUGCAAAUCACAUUGUCUCAGAUUAAAGAUAUGGAUGAAAGGAACCAAAUUCUGACCGCCUAUCUAUGGAUCCGCCAGAUCUGGCAUGAUGCAUAUCUCACGUGGGACCGGGACCAGUAUGACGGGCUGGACUCCAUCAGGAUCCCCAGUGACCUGGUGUGGAGGCCAGAUAUAGUCCUGUACAACAAGGCUGACGAUGAGUCUUCAGAGCCUGUGAACACCAAUGUGGUGCUGCGGUAUGAUGGGCUCAUUACCUGGGAUGCACCAGCCAUCACCAAAAGCUCCUGUGUGGUGGAUGUCACCUACUUCCCCUUUGAUAACCAGCAGUGCAACCUGACCUUUGGCUCCUGGACCUACAAUGGCAAUCAGGUGGACAUAUUCAAUGCCCUGGACAGUGGAGACCUCUCUGACUUCAUCCAGGAUGUGGAAUGGGAGGUCCAUGGCAUGCCUGCUGUGAAGAACGUGAUCUCCUAUGGUUGCUGCUCUGAGCCUUACCCGGAUGUGACCUUCACACUCCUUCUGAAGCGGAGGUCCUCGUUCUACAUUGUCAACCUCCUCAUUCCUUGUGUCCUCAUAUCUUUCCUUGCUCCUUUGAGUUUUUAUCUCCCAGCAGCCUCUGGGGAGAAGGUCUCCCUGGGAGUGACCAUCCUGUUGGCUAUGACUGUAUUUCAGCUAAUGGUGGCAGAGAUCAUGCCAGCCUCAGAAAAUGUCCCUCUGAUAGGCAAAUACUACAUAGCCACAAUGGCUCUGAUCACAGCCUCCACCGCCUUGACCAUCAUGGUGAUGAAUAUUCACUUCUGUGGCGCCGAGGCCCGGCCAGUGCCACACUGGGCCAGGGUGGUCUUCCUAAAGUACAUGUCUAAGACCUUGUUUGUCUAUGACGUAGGUGAGAGCUGCCUUAGCCCACGCCACAGUCAGGAACGAGACCAUCUCACCAAGGUGUAUAGUAAACUCCCAGACUCUGCCCUGAAGACAGCCAGGAACAAAGACCUUUCCACAAAGAAAGAAAUGAACAAACUCUUAAACAAGGAGCUGGGGAGCCGCGGUGAGUCCCCACAGGACACUGAGAGUUACUGUGCCCAGUAUGAAGUGCUGACGAGGAAUAUCGAGUACAUUGCCAAGUGCCUCAAAGACCACACGGCCACCAGUUCCAAGGGCAGUGAAUGGAAGAAGGUUGCAAAAGUCAUAGACCGAUUCUUCAUGUGGAUUUUCUUCAUUAUGGUCUUUGUGAUGACUAUUUUAAUCAUAGCAAGAGCAGAUUAGUAGGCAUUUGAUAUCUGAGGGUAAGUCAGUAAAAUUCUCUGUGCUAUACUCCAAUUUCUUUCAGCCAGAUUGGUAUCUAUAUAUAGCUUAGGGUUAUGUCAUCUGUACUUUUUAUUUUU